UUUUCUCUAGCUUUUUUCGAUACAAUCUAAUGCUAUUUAUAGCAGCAUCACUUCACGCAUACAGGCCUACAUCUGAACCAUUUUUUGUUAAAAUGUUAGUUUUUUUCUUUCUGGACGGAAGCCGGUCGGAAGUUAUUAAGCCACAAGUUGUGAUAACUUUACGCAGUUGAACCACUUAUUGUGAAACUGACGGUAUUAAUUGUCGAUGACGGUGCUAUAGAAGGCAGGCAGUAGCAAUUCUUUUAGGUGGCUUAUUUCUUUUUAUGAUUUGUCUGGAAAAGCGCAACAGCAAUAAAUGGAUGGGAACAAUUCAAUACAAGCUAUUCCCUCGAUGAAUCACGAAUCCUGAAUCAGUCAAGCAAGUCCUUUCAAAACGUUGAAACCGGAUAGUUCAGUGCUAACUUAUUUAAAGUAAGCAGAUACAGACACAGGCACAGAAAUCUGUUUGAAAACUUCUCGGACUGCACCCCGCAAACAUCUGAUGGCUCUAGGCUAUCUGAUCUUACACUGUCUGCUGUAAUCUUCUAUUCUACCAGCCUGCUGCAAUUUAAUUCAUUCAAUUGUGAUUUUUCAGCCUGGUUACCAAUUGAAACAAUAACGUUUUUUGGAUUGCACCAUUAACUGUAGACAUGUAGAGCAUGAAGGUAGACCUAGAGCAAGGAGUCCCAGCACGCCAACUUUAACUACCAAGGAAAAUGUCAAAAAAUAUAAAAUAUGAAGAAGGGACAGAAAGUUUAGAAAUUGAUGGGAAUGAGAGUAUUAUCCAACAUUCUCGAGAAUUGGCGACAGCUAAAAAUGAAGAGUUCGCAAGUAAUUCAAAAUCGUAUCCUAGUAAGUAUGAAGCAAUCCUCUUAACUGCCAAGGAAGGUGUUGCCUACGAAAUGAAAGAAUGGAUGGGAAAUUAUGGGAAUCAUCCGAAAUCGUACGAAAACGCCGUCGAACACAUCGAGUCGAAAUUGGACCGCCCACUCUCUUGUUUGGAAACGACAUGGACCGAGAGGCAAUACGUCAUAACGUUGUUAAAAUUAUGGUUGGAACAUAGUUUGGGAAAGGCUUUUGAAUAUCUGGACAACGAGAAGAAUGAUAUCAGCGGGGAAAUGUCUACUGUCUUGAAUCAACUGGAUUCUUUAAGUUCACUCGAGGACUUUUGUUUCGAAAUAAAUGACGAGACAUCGCCACUACGGCAUUGGUGCGACUUUGACUGUCAAUAUCUUAAAUUGAUUCUCGAGCAGAAAGAUAUCUUCACAAGCACGUCCCGUUUCACCAACAUUGUCGACUGCUAUUUUAAACAAUUUAAGACAUCGUACAUUGAAAGGGUUUUUUCUCAAUGUCUUAAUGACAUCGUUAAAGAUGAAAACCGCAGCGAGAAACACACAAAAUUUAUCGUUGACUUUAACAAAUUCAUAUCCAACAUCAACGAAGAUAAAAAUUUGCAAGACAUCCUGGAGAAGGAAGGAUUCCAUCAAAAUUAUGUAAUGAGCGAGAAUAAAACUGGUCAAGAUCUGGUGAAAAAAUUGGUGGAGAUGUUUCAUUGCGUUGACGACGAGAGCAGCAAAAUACCAGAAUGGCUCCAGACAUUACUUUUGAUCGCGAACUCAUUAAGUGAAAACGAAUGGACUCGGAAAUUGCAAGUGCUGACAAAAGAAACGUGCAAGAGAUUCUUGUUGCCCAAAACUGAAAUCGAAUUCAAGGAAGAAGGCGGAAAGCAAAUAAUUUCCAUUAAAGGUGUUGCCAUCUUUGUCAGUAAAAUGAUUGGGAAAAUGAAACGACUCAAAGAUGAAAAUCCGGAUGUCGAGGAAAUAAAAAUCGUUGGACUCAAAUCCGUUCACAUCGACUGUGACUUGGAUAAUGAGAUCUGGCACGGAAUAAACGUCGGCAUCGUCACUGACAAGCUCAUCGUUGAUGGCGUCAUCAACGAUGAGUCCACGGAAAUUUCGAGCGGAGUUUGUUGGGACAUAUCGGGACAAAAUUCCGAAGAUGACAAACCGAUGGGAGAGCCUGUUCAACCGGGCGAGAGUGGCGGUAACGUUCACGUCGUGUGUAAUGUAAUAAUCAACGGCCAAAAAUGGACAAUCGUAUCUGACGGAGCCGACGGAAGUGCGGCUUAUAAAUGGACCAAAGAGAACUUUGAGGAAUUAUUUCCAUCAGGGCGAGUCAAAGGAACCAACCGACAGGAGGCUAUGGAAACUGUUUUAGAGACAUUGCACGAAAUUCUACCAAGAGAAAAUCGAACACAAGACGAAGAAAUCAAACCAGAACACAAGGACAAUUUUCUCAUCCAGGGCCAAUCGGAAGACGGCAGUAAAAUCACGGCAAUAUUUUAUGGAGAGAAAAACGAACAUGAGACACUCAUUUCAGUAACAAGAGGCAAUGCAGGACACGGUGGAUACGGUGGUGACAUCACCAUUGAGUGUUUUGGCAACAGCAUUGAAGCGAACAAAGGUCCUGGGAUCCCUUUCACGGGCAAAGCUCAAACAGGACGCAAGCCUUUAAUGGCUAUUCGAAUGGGUGUGUUUGAGGCAUCUGGUUGUGACGGUAAAAUUGGCAAAGUAACCUGCGACGUAGCUUACAUCCAUAAUAGCAGCACUAGCAGCAGAGGAGAUUUCUACGGGUUCGAAGAAAACAGGAAGAUCAAAAUUAAACUGGGAGUGGAGAGAAAAUCAAAAGAGGACGACAACACCAAGUACAUCAAAUAUAAAGUGGGUUACUUCGGAAAGAAUAAUCAAUUGUUUGCCAAAGUGUCCAUGAUGAAUUGCUCGUCAAAAGACGUACCAUUGAAUCUGAUAAAUGCGCUUAAGAAGAAGGCCGUCAUUCGUCAAAGUCUCGUCCAACAUUUCGACCAAAUUGACGAACGGAAGCAAUUGACAGAUUCCAUUCAAAAGAGGUUGUCCCAUCCAGCGGUACAUCGUUCGAAUAGCAUCGACGAAAUUAUAAAAGAGAUGGAAAACAAGGUUCAUCAACACCAUCAGCUCAUGACUCAAUGUCAACAACAACAAGUUGACAAAAUUGAAAAAGAACAAUACGUGAAACCAGCGUCAGAAUCAUCACGUUCUUUUCCUAAACCAAAAAUAAUGGGCCGUCGUCCCGUUUGGAAUAACGUUGUCAGCGCCAACUGCCUCGAUGAAUGGCCAACAGCAGAAGGAACUGACAGUCUCCUUCACUGCCUUUUCGGGCAGUUAAAUUCAGAGGGUAAAUACAUGUGCAAGGACACCAACAAGUUUCGCAAACUUAUUGAUAAACACAGCCGCGAAGAGUCACAAAAGCGCACACUGGGAUUAGACGAACUAGAAAUGUUGGCAGAGAUUUUAGAAAUAAAAAUUCACGUCUAUGAACGCCAUGGCUCCUCAUCUUUCCGAUAUGAGAAAACGGUGGAUUCCAACAAUUUAGAAAACAACGAAUAUUUCGUCUUGCGUGAAAGUAACGGCCUAUGGAAAAAACUUUCACCCAAUUAUAACCUUAAUUUAUUCUGCAAAGAGUUUGCUCCAGCAGCUGACGAGCAAAAUUGCAAUCCAACAUAUUUUGAACAGCUGAAACAUUGGAUCGAUAAAAAGGAUGAACUCAUCUCUUCCGUUGAGAAGUUGAAUCCCCAAAACAAGACGCCGGAUAAACUAUCUCAACUACUCUUGAAACGAUUAAACAACCUCAACAAUGACGCUGAACAAACAGAAAAACUUACAUCCGCAAUUAGUUCACUAGCAGAAUGGGUCGAGUGCUACAACACCCGAAAUAUAAGUCCCUUUUUCUACCUCACUAUCGUAGAAUUGUAUGAACCAGGCGAAUGGACACGCGAAUUUCUUCAAUUAGAAAUAGAAGAACGGUCGGAGACACCCUGGGAGAAUGAGGAAGAGAGAGAAAAUUGGAGAAAAUUCAUGUGUGAAAAUCUGAGCAGUCACGAUCGAGCAUUAUCGUUGUUCACUAAAAUUGCAACGAAAACAGAGGCAAACGAUGUUUUGUUUGCUUUCGAUUUAAACAAACUGUUGAGAAUGUUAACAGCUCUCGAGGAAGAAAAAUUUGAUUUGAAGGGAGACGUUAGUCAGUUAUCUGUAAUCAACUUUUUCUACAAACAGAGCAGCAAAUUUUGGGAGAGAAAAGUCGACGAAUGGUUGAAAGUUAACGAGCAACUGACUAAAAAGAAGAAGCUUGAAUAUGUUAAUCUUUUACUGGAACUGGAAUACAAAAAUGAAAAUGAAUUGAUUCAGGAUUUAACUAAUGAUAAAAAAGGAAUGGAAUACACCCGAUGCAAUACUUUUCUUCCAGGAGAUAAUUCUAAAUCAGAACCGAAAAGCGUGGAAGCGAUUGUCGAUGAAAUAAAGAAAACAGAUCUCAAGAACCAUCAUGAAAAAGCGUUGAAAAAGCUUGUUAACGAAAACAUUAUUACUGUAUCGAAACUUCUGAGAGAAGAGUUACAAAACGACAUAGAAAUUAUGGCGGAAAAAUUGUUCAAAAAACAACCCGAAAACAAGAAAUUAGAAACCUUGUUGAAGAAAGACAAGACAGUUAAAGACAAUUCUUUUCACAGACAAUAUACCUCCAAAGUAAAAAAACAGAAGUCAUUUUUUGAGCUUUAUUUAGAAAUGUAUCAACACGCAAAAAAUGAAAUUCCCGCCCACAGUAUUGUUCACGGAAUUAACUUUUUUUUUCUGACUGAUUUUAAGACUGCCGAUAUUUCGUCUUUCUUUUCUUUCGUAUUGAAAUUUCCAAACGUACUUUCCUUAUUAUCCAAUCCAAACAUAAUGUCCCUUUUACCUAACCCAGACGAAUCUCACGCAUCACCAAAUUCAAAUGUUUUUUCUUCGCUGUUAUCCAAUCUAAACAUAAUACCGUCCCUAUUAUCGGAUCCAGGCGUAUUAUCUUCCUUAUUAACGAAUCCAUGCGUAUCCUCCCUAUUAUCUAAUCCAAACGUAUUGAUUUCCGCAUUUUCCAAUCCUGACUUAUUAUCUAUGGCAUCCAAUUCAAACUUAUUUUCUUCCAUAUUAUCCAAUUCAAACAUAUUAUCCUCCUUAUUACCCGAUCAAAAUGUAUUAUUAUCUAUGUUGUCUAAUCCAAACGUAUCUUCCAUAUUAUCUAAUCCAAACAUAUCUUCCAUAUUAUCCUUACUACUACCCGAUGCAAACAGAUCAUUAUCACCCAAUCCAAAUCUACUUUCCGUAUUACUCCAUCCAAAAUUCGCUUAUAUGGUCUCCAACCCAACAAUGCUUAACAUGGGCGGUGUAGAGUGGGCUGUAGCAAGUUUAAAAAUAUUUCUCUGCAUUUUCGAUUACGCUGUCGAACUCUUAACGGGAGACAAGCUGCGCGACACUCAGAAAAUCGCAAUUUUGUAUUUAAUUGAUGACACCAAACACACUAAAAAUGAAAGAAAAAAAUUCGCGGAAGUAUGGACCGGUGAAGGUAAAUCGCUUAUCGUAGCCGGCGUGGCCAUUGCCUAUGCUUUUAGCAUGAAAUUACAAAAACCUUGGCCGCAUGAAAUUGACAUCAUCACCAGCAACGACCAUCUUGCCAUCCGUGAUUCCAGCCUGUCAGUCGCUCAAGGAGGACUCAAGGAAAUUUACGAGUUUUUCAACAUCACCGUGUCGAACAACUGCAGCAAAUCUGUAGAGGAUCGAAGAAAAGCGUAUUACAUGGACGUCGUGUACGGGACACUGGCCAAUUUCCAGCGUGAUUAUUUGCUGGAUGAAUUUUACAAUCGUGGAAUUCGAGGCGACCGACCGACGGUUUAUGCUCUCAUUGACGAAGUGGAUUGUAUGCUGUUGGACCGUGGCAACAAUAUGCUCUACUUGUCGCACGACAUCCCCGGCAUGGAAAUGCUUGAAUCCCUAUACGUUUUUAUUUGGGAAAGAAUAAAUGACACUUCAGCGGAAAUGAUCAAAUCCGCCGUCCUCUAUGAUCUCUACGGGCAAAUGACAGAAGAUGAUUUGAAAAAGUUUCUCGCUCCGUUGGGACAAGAGGAAUACGAACGAGCUGUAAUAUGGGAGCAACUGAUUCAGAAGAAUGUUAUCGACCGACAAGGACGUCUGCUGAUUAACGAAGUCAGUGACAUUACGGAAGAAAUGAUCGACUACACGCCGACAAACGCGACGCUUCAGAAGGAAACACUCAAUUCGAAAAUAAUCCAUUUCCUCUGCUCAGUCGUCAAACGUGAACGUCACAUUCGCAUACCGAGUCAUUUAUUGGAUUUCGUCGACAGACACCUGGAAACUUGGCUGGACAAUGCCAGGCGAGCGAUGGAACUCAAACGAGACGAGAACUACGUCAUCGACCACGACCGAUCAGACACAAAUCCCGAUUUGAAUCCACAAGUGAUUAUCAUCGAUCCCGACACGGGGACGGAUCAAUACAGUUCGCAGUGGGACGGAGCCCUGCACCAGUUUCUUCAGCUCAAGGAAGGAUGCAAAUUGACGUUGCAGAGUCUGAAAGCGGUUUUCAUCUCCAACGCCACAUACAUAAAGAAAUAUGAUAACAUAGCAGGUGUGUCGGGAACUCUGGGCUCUCAACCGGAGCAGGAUUUUUUGAAGAGGAAAUACGAGUGCGAAUUCAUGACUCUUCCGACUGCUUUCCCCAAACGUUUCAGCCUCAAACCGCCCAAAAUAUUGAAGACAAAAGAAAGUUGGUGGAAGGCUAUUGCCCAAGAAACACGGGCGACCAUUCAAGAAAAUCGUUCCAUCGUCGUCUUUUGCCGAUCCAUCAAAGAAGUCUACCAAGUUCAUAAACACCUGAAAUCUGCGACUCAGGAUCUCAGGGAUAAUAAUAAACGCAUUCAUCGCUACACACGCGACUACGAGAAAUUCGAAUUUGAAAAUAAGCCCGGAUUGGAUGUCGGAAAUGUGAUCGUCGCAACCAACUUGGCCGGCCGAGGGACGGACAUUAAAAUCAGCAAAAAUCUAGAAGCCAACGGAGGUCUGCACAUUUGUUUGACUUACUUCCCGGACAACGAAAGAGUCGAGGGACAAGCGAUGGGUCGUGCGGCAAGGAAAGGAGAACCGGGAAGUGGAAUCCUGAUCCUGUGCGAGGAACAAACUGACCAAGGGGAUCGUGAAUCGGGCACUAGUGAGGAAUGGGGUGCCGAGAAAAUGUUUUUCAUGAAAGAGAUUAGGAACCGUCAAGAGAGGGAACGAAUUUCACGCCUGGAAAAAGAUUUCGAUCACACCGAAGGCCUUGAAAUAUUUUUCGAAAAAUAUACCGCCAAUUUCUCGGAGAAGACGAUAAGAGAAAAAUGGGAGGAAGUUGAAUACUUAAGAGAUCAUUGCAUCGCCCGACAAGAUGACGAAGUGUUGCUUACGCUCAUUCACGGUAGCGCCCUAGACAAAUGGGCCCUUUUUCUGGACGAAACGGAUUACGACUUCAAAUGUUUUGAUUUAAAACAUACGAAGUUUGAAAUUAAUUUGAAAGAUUUAAUUAUGACGCCGGCCCGCACAAUCAGUUAUGCUAAGCACCUCGCAACGACAAAGUCGGAAAAAAUCUAUACAAAAAAAGCUGCCGACAUUUUCAAAAAAUUGAUUGAAAAUUCAAACGAUAAUUUCAUCUAUCCGGCCGCCUUUUAUUACCUCACCUUUAUUCUCCUAGCGGAAAUGAAACAAGAAAGAGAAGAAAAGGAAAAGAAAAAUGAUGAGGACCACGACGAAGAACAAACAUUAGCAGCACUUUUCCGAGCGUUACGACAAACAGAGACUAUUUUGAAUGACCACAUUAAAAUGCAGGAAUCCUUCAGUGCAAUCCAUCAAUCAGGAAGGCAAACUGCUGACCAAACCCCUUCUCUUUGUGCCGUCAACGGUUACAAGGAGCAGAAAGAAAAUACCAAAAGAAUACUUGAAUAUUUUCUCGACUCGACCAUCAAUUUGAAAAAUGAAGUGGACAAAAUCACACAAUACUAUCAAGAACACAAAUGUGUCAUUCCGACAACGCCAGAAUUUUCACUCGACUGCAUCGAACAAGACCUGAAGUCAAAUAAUUCUUCCAGUGAACUUUACGUUUUCCAACUUGUAGGAUUUGAUCACGUUAUCAAGGAAAGAUCAAAUACAAACUAUUAAAAAGUUUUGCUUGGCGCAGUCAAUCCAUGUUCAUGUAUCUUAUGCAUACGAUAUUAGCUCAUGUUACAUCUGCAUAGCUAAUUUUUCCAGUUUAAAUGAUAUGACGAGUUAUUAGCUGUUUAAUGAUGAAAUACACAACUUUCGAAAGAAAAUGUAUC